GGAGGCUCCCGCUCGCGGUACUUGAGCUGCCGGCCGGCGUGAUCGGGUUCUCAGAUCGGAUCCGACCGGAUUCCCCACGCAUCUCCUCGAAGCAGAUCGACGCCGGUUCGCCGCAGGUGACCGCAUGACUUCUCCCGGCGUGACUCCAGACACUGAGCUGGACAUGAAGGACGUGGAGCUGAACGAGAUGGACCCCGAGAAGCAGCCCAUGAACGCCUCCUCCCCGCUGGCCGGCUCCCCGGGCAGCCUGGGCGAGAAGAACGGGGCGGUGAAAGUGAAGAUGGAGGAGGACGCGGAGGACGCCGAGCCGGCCGCCAAGUUCACCGGCCUGUCCAAGGAGCAGCUGCUCCAGGUGGCCGGCACCCCCGGCUGGGUGCGCACCCGAUGGGCCCUCCUUGUCCUCUUCUGGCUGGGCUGGCUGGGCAUGCUGGCCGGGGCCGUCGUCAUCAUCGUCCAGGCCCCCGGGUGCAAGGAACUGCCCAAGCAGGACUGGUGGCAGAAAGGGGGCAUCUACCGCAUCCUGCAGGUGGAGGGCUUCCAAGAUUCGGGCAGCGACGGCACCGGAGACCUGGCAGGUGUGAAAGAAAGGGUGAGUUAUUUAAGCACUCUGAAACUGAAAGGUUUUGUGAUUGGGCCUCUCCAUGUUAACACCAAGGACCAGCCAAACGGCACUGACCUCCAAGCCAUUGACAAGAAACUGGGCACGAUGGAAGACUUCCGAGAUGUCUUGCAGGCUGCAAAGAAAAAAAGUUUAAAAGUUAUCUUGGACCUGACCCCCAACUAUCGUGGCCAGUUACCAUGGUUUACCCAAGACGUGUGGCUCCAAACCAAUUUCCAGAAUAAAAUGACAGAAGCAAUCAAGUUUUGGCUGCAGGAAGGGGUGUCUGGAAUCCAGAUCGGAAGCAUUGAGCAACUAAACGAUUCCCAACUCUUGAGCGAGUGGAAGAAUUUAACGGAACAAUAUAAUGUUGACGGUCAGGCGAGGGUGCUGAUUGCAAUGUCAGGUCGAAAAGAUGCUCAAGGGGUGUUUUCCCUUCUCAACGAAAUCACGGGGGCCGAUCUGCUAGCCAGCCAGUACCUUCAGGGGCUAGUCAAAGCUGCUCAAGAUGACAUUGAACCAGGAUACGCUGCGCAGAAACUGAUCAAAGAUUAUAUCCAAGUAGCAGGAAGCAGGUGGCCCAGCUGGAGCGUGAGCAGACCUGAUAUUGGGCACUUGGCCAAAUCUUCGGGGGAGCAGCUGCUCCGGCUAUACCAUCUGCUCCUCUACACCCUGCCAGGGACCCCUUUCACAGAUUACGGAGAUGAAAUUGGCCUCCGGGAUGCACUGGUGCAGCCUGCAGCAUCCAGCAUCACACGCAUGCAGUGGGACAACACGGCGAACUACGGAUUCUCAAAAGGGGCGCAGCAGGAGGCUGACCCCGUAGGCAGUAACAUCACUGUGCAGGCUCAACAGGGCCACAAGGGGUCCAUCUUGACCCUCUUCCAACAGCUGAGCGAACUCCGAGGCAAGGAACGCUCCCUCCUACACGGUGAAUUUUUCGUGGUCCAGAGCUCCAGCCCGUCGGUCUUCUCCUACCUUCGGAUGUGGGACCAGAACAAGCGCUUCCUGGUGGUGCUCAACUUCUCCCCCCGUGAAAGCCCCGUCUCCCUCCUUCACCCUCUCCUCCCCUCCCAAGCAGAGGUGGAGCUCAGCACCCAUCCCAGCCGGGAGGAGAAACAGCUGGACCUGCCGAACCUCAAGCUGCAUCCUUUGGAAGGGCUGCUCCUCAGCUUCCCGUACGUGGCCUAGCUGGUCUUCUUCCCACGGAAGUCCGCGUCAACCUUCGGAAGCAGAUGGCCUCCCGUUUUCUGGAAAGAAGGAACUCGAGCCGAGGGUGGCCUCUGCCGUCUCGCCUGAACUUACUAACCUCCUCCUUUUCUUUCUGCCGGUCUUUGUAACCCCGUAGCACGGCCUUUCCAGACCCCAGACUCCGGCUCCCACCCUCAGCUGACCGGGAGAAAGUCCUGGCUGGAACCGGUGGGGCCUGACGCACCUGGAGGCUGCAGCUGGCCAAGGUGGCUUCAGUUCCAUGUACGUUCCUGGAUCUGCCAAUAUUGUCCCCCAAGAUCUGAUGUCAGCAGAUCCACACACCGUCUAGCAGACAGAGGCAGACUCGAGCCUCCGUCGUCUCGGGCUGCAGCCUGGAGCUGAUGGGGUUCAACCCAGAGAUAAUCCAGUGGGAAACCUUUGUGUUGUCCUAGUGCUAGCACACAGGCCAGACCUUUGGACGAGUGGGACCAUGGGUACAGUUUCCCCAGUUGCACUGCCGGCCCAUUUUGAGUUGGUGGGUCUGCACUUUUCGGCUCCACGUUCUUCCCCAAUCACUAGCUGAGUUUCAUCCUGUCUGCGUCUGGCCCUCCUGAAGAUGUUCUGUCGGCCUAAACCUAACAGAGUGUGCAACCACCUUCUUUGGCGUGGAACAGGUUUUAAUAAAUGUCUCUUUCCGC